AUGACCAACAUCUCCACUGUGACUGAAUUCCUCCUCCUAGGGUUCUCUGACAUCCAGGAGCUGCAGCUGGUCUAUGCCACGCUGUUCCUCCUUGUCUACCUGGCGGCUCUUCUGGGGAAUCUCCUCAUCGUUGCUGUCACCACCCUCGACCAGCGUCUCCGCACCCCCAUGUACUUCUUUCUCAAGAACUUGUCCUUCAUAGACCUCUGCUACAUUUCUACAACGGUCCCCAAAUCCAUUGUCAACUCCUUGACCAGUGACAGCUCCAUCUCCUUUCUGGGUUGUGUCUCACAGCUCUUCCUAGUGAUCUUGUUUGCCGCUUCAGAGUUUUUUCUCCUCACUGCAAUGUCUUAUGACCGCUAUGCCACCAUCUGCUCCCCGCUGCACUAUGAGCUCAUCAUGAACAAAACAGUCUGUGUGUUGCGGGCUUCAGUGUCAUGGCUCACUGGGGGUCUGUUUGCAGUCUUGUUUUCAACUUCUACCUUCUCACUGACCUUUUGUGGGUCGAAUACUGUUCAGCAGUUCUUCUGUGACGUCCCCUCUCUACUGAAGAUCUCCUGCUCUGAAGUCCACAUUGCCAUUGACGUGAGUGUGGCUGUUGGGUUAGUCUUAGAUGCCGUCUGCUUCAUUUACAUCAUCCUCUCCUACGUCUUGAUCUUCUCAGCCGUGCUGAGGAUGCCGUCCUCCGAGGGCCGAACCAAAGCCUUCUCCACCUGCCUGCCCCAUCUCACUGUCAUCAUCAUUUUUCUCUUUACCGCAGCGUUUGCCUAUCUCAAACCACCUUCAGACUCACCCUCUGCUCUAGACAUGUUGGUUUCCAUGUUCUACACCGUGGUGCCCCCCACUGUGAACCCCCUUAUCUACAGCCUGAGGAACAGGGAUCUGAAGGCUGCUCUGGGCAGGAUCCUAAAGGGGACAUUCUUCCCCCAACAUCCAUCCUGGGACAAAAUGUCUGUGUCCAUGUACCAAUAA